AUGACUCUGAUAUAUUCCCGAGUUUUGAUCCUGCUUCUUCUUUCAAUCACCGUCCAUUGCAAAACCUACUUCGUGCACGAGAGCUGUAGUGCAAAGGAUGGAUGGAACAAGUACAUGAACGAAGCCCUCAGUUUCGCAAAAAAGAGCGCGGAGAGAUUGAACAGUGAUUCCGAUACAGACUUCGCAGCUGUCUACAAAAGAAUCUUUCAGGCCGAAAAAUCCUCCCCAAACUCGAAAUAUAUCAGAGAAACUGUAGGAACGAUCGCUGAUCUCACCCCCACAACGGAUCUGAAGGCAUCGGACAUCAGAUUCCAUUGCGAUAAUGGUAUGCUUGCGCUUCGUUCUGAUCACACAGCAAUGAAAGCUGAUUUCGCCAUAGACGAACGGUGGCAAAAAAAGAGCAGAGGUUGGCAUGAUCCAGUACAUGACAUGAUCUUGAGAGCGAGUGGGGGUACACCAUCGUGUCAUGGUCAAGCCAAGGGCGUUACUUAUGGCGCACGCGCAAUCGCCCCAACCGAUGCAAGCAGUCCACGUGCAGGACAGAACCCAGCACGAGUAGUCAUAUCUAUAUGCGAUAGCGCGUUCAAAUCUGAAGACGGCUCUCCUCUGUAUUUUUCAGAUGAUCUCAAACAGCAGGACCUCGAGGACUCACCAAUCGACAAUCUGGCAGUUAUAUUGUCAAUCACGAUCAUCCACGAACUCGCUCAUGCGGUGACCGGUCUCGAGAUCCGAGACCUACCUAACCAGGCUUCAGCUUACACCUGGGACAAUGUCAUAAACAAGGCGACUGAUGUUGCGAGCAAGAAUGCGGAGAAUUAUGCGUACUUGGCACUGUGGGCCGGCAUAGCAGAUGCUGGCUACACACUGCCACGGGUGCGUAACGACCUACCGGAUGUGGUGAAGAAAGAGUUGGAGAACGAUUGUAAAGAGGGGUAUUUGAGAAAGUACAAAGACAUUACCAAACGCUGGGUGAGCAAGAUUGAGAUGUCAUUUGUCGCAUAA